AUGGCGUACGCCAUGUCUCACAUGGGCAGGACGACGUCGGACGUGGCCUACAACCCGGCGGCUCCACCAGAGGCCUACACAAACCCAAGCAUCCACGCGCGCAUCAAUGCGUACACGGAGGUGAAAAGGGCGCUCCACGGGGAGACUUGGGAUGCGGCUACCGCGCCACUCUCCGGAGAAGCCAUCAUGAGGGCGGGACAAAGGAAGAAGCACGGGCGGUACUUGAUCGCCAACAGCUUGGUCGACACGGCGAGUACGCCCAGUCUCUCGCAGCUUAGGGCAAGUACCACCGACUCGACCCCGCCCAUACGCCCACGGCCUGAAACUUCAGUGGCCAUCGUGCACCAGAGACAGGCCGAGAUGGAGGCAAAGUUUGAGGAGGAGAGGAGGCGCCGAAUGGAGAUCGAGGCCAAGCUGGAGCAGGAGCGGAAGCUGAGGGAGGAGCAGUCGGUUAUGUUGCACAGCAUGGUCACCUGGAUGCAAGGACUUGGCGCGUCGAUGAACUAUGCGACGCCGCCUCCUCCCUUCGCCUUACUAGCUCAGGCUUACUCUCCUGCAGGACCUUCUGACACUCCCAAUCAGUAA